CACACACAUCCUCCGGAGAAAAUACCAAUGAUCUCACGGACAUUUGCGUCCACAGAUACAACUCCUGCUUGAAAAUGUACGAAUGAUCUCCGGAGUUCAGUGCAUGGCGAGAGCACCUCGUGUGUGAAUCAUUGGGGCUUUUUGGCUGCUCGCAGCGCCUGUACCUUAAUGCCAGUAAUAAACGCGCAUGCCGAUCAAACCGUCCGGCUCCAUCACACUGCUUUGUGAUAAAUGAUGCAAACAGUCACUUAACACACUCCAGCCUCGGGCAGUGUUUGUGUGUGUUGGUUUCCCGGUCACGUGGUGGAUGCACAAUAACCGUACUUAAAACAGCGCUCGCGCACUGAGACACCACCGGGGCUGGCCUCGGUUCGGAAGCGGCGGCGGCUCACGUGACCGCGGUGGUGCAGCGCGGAGCAGCGGUGCCGGUGGUCGCGGUUCACUCAUGGGUUCACCGAGCCGAGCGGAGCAGUGAACAACGGCCCCGCGGAGCCGGCUGGAUGGUCCGUGUGACCCGUCGUGUGCGGCUGUGUUAGUGUGUCCGGUUGUCGGUGCCCUCAUGAUGUAGGCCGGUGAUCCUGCUGGAGGUGGGUGGUCGGUUAUUGUCGUUCCGUGUGAGUGCAUAUGUGUCGAUCGGAGGUGAAACGAUGUAACGAUGCUCAGGGAGAGGCGGUGGGCACACAGUGUACUGACCCCACAGGCGCGUGUGAGCGGCGGGGAGCGAGGCGCCCGUAGGCCGGUGAUCCUGCUGCAGGUGGACGGACAGUCAUGGUUUUGCCACGAGCUUUGUUCCACAUGACUUACACUGUCCGCUGUGAUCCACUGACACGCUGUGCACGAAGGAGAUGUGUUAUAUGAACCAACUGGGUCUAAACUAGGUAACAAUAAACCCAAGGGGGCCUCCAUCCUCCUGCAAACAAAGAUAGAUUACUUAGUUUGAUUAGAUCUGGUCAUAGAUUGUCAGAUCAGUUAGAUACAAGCACUGUUCUGCUCAUCCACAUCAUCAGCUUCCAUCUUUGUGCCCUUAAGCAAAACUGGUUGUGUAGGGCAUCUCUCUAUGUGGAGGUGUGGCAGGUUGGUGCUGGGCAGGAGCAUGGAGUCCGUGCCUCGUUACGAGAAAACACUAGAGGCCAGCGGACCAUGCUGUUAGAAACUGCAGUGAAGAUUCAUCGCGUGGACCAGACUACUGGAAAUAUUCUUUAAAGGUUUAGUGUGUAAAAUUCAGUGACAUCUAGUGGUGAAGUUGCAUCUUGCAGCUGAAUACCCCUCACCCUUCCAAACACGAAGGAGAACCUGAGGUAGCCUUCAGUUGUCGUAAAACUCAAAAGAUGUUUAGUUUGUCCAGAUUGGACAAUUGUAAAAAACAUGGCGGCCUCCGUAGAGAGGACCCGCCCCCGAUUUUGAUAUAAAGUGAUUCUUAAUUCAAACUCUAUGACUAAAUAUUCAGAGCUAGGGGUUGGAUUCACAGGGUAACUCACAAUUUAGUGAUAUUUGAUAUACUGCAAGACAGUCAUACAUGCAUCACGAUAUCUAACUAAAGAAGACAAUAUGUCCCUAGAGAAAUAAAGUGCUGGAUUUAUUCACUAUAAUUUGGUGUUGGUUUCACAGAGUUUGACCCAAACUGAAAUGAAACAAUGAACAAGAAUUUCUUCUCAAUGUCUCUGUAAAAACCCUUGUCACUUGUCAAUGUGCUAAUUUGCCAUCAUACCAAUGGAAAACAGAGAUGAACUAGCAAAGGUCAAAAUUGCCAGAAGGUAGAACAAUCCUUCCUUCUGACAUUUCUUGUAUUUGCACUGAAUUUAAUGCAUAUUUUCAACGCUCCUGCGUAUAUUUCUCGACUCCUCUUUUCCAGGACAGAGCCGUGAAAUUCCUACACCUGUAGAGAAAAAACACAGCAGGAGAAUCAAAGGCCAAAGACGCAGGUGUCUGUAAUUCAUGUGCUGCUCAGUGUCUGCUGGGCAAGAUGAGUACAGACAGACCCAAACGCAAUAUCAUUAAGAAGAAAUAUGACAUCAGUGAUGGGAUGCCGUGGUGUGAAGAACGUCUGGUUCGGAAAGUUCUUUUCCUCUCGCUCAGGGAAUUCAGAGACACACACCGUGCAACACACAAACACUCACAAAUACACACACGUGCACACAAACACACGUCAAAAAGUACACUUCUACACGGUCCGCGAACACAGACAUUACCUAACACGCACACUCAAAAAACCACACGCAAACAACAGAGUGUCCAGGGCUCACAACAAAGAGUCCCUCACAGACCUCCUAACACACAUACACAGAAAAACACACACAGCUCACAAAAUAUACACAUUUCAAAACACAUACACCGUCAUGAACACACCAACCAAGGGCAAAAAACUAACGUGUCUCAGGAUUUACACACACCAAAAGCUAUAUGUACCUUCACACUACCGCACAUGCAGACAAAGUCAAAAAUGUAUGCAGGGAAAAUUACACAUCAUGAGCAGCAUACAGACACACAAGACCACUCCCACACGAUCCAGAUGAAUACGGAAUCGACCAGGACACUACGCUCACAAAAAACACAACAUACUCGGCUGCUGCCCAUCGCCAAACACUCACAAACUGAAAAACACAAGCACUCAGUGAAAAACAGCUGCACUUCUGGAAACUCGAGGAUGUUGCUGAGCGGCUCUGUCCCGUCCAGGAGUCUGAGAUCACACACUCCCAAGAGACUCAAUGGUGCUCUGGUUAACGGCCUCAGCCGCUGUCAGUCCCUCCUGUCCACUGGUCCCAGUUGGAGCUGGCCCCUACAGACACGCCCUCCACAGCGGCGCCCUGCCAGCAUUCAUUUUGACAAGGAUGACCCCAACAGCAAGAGACCAAGGCUGCAAGCACAGAGGAAGUUUGCCCAGUCCCCUCCCAGCUCUCCAGGACCACCAGCACUGAUGACAUCAGCACAGAGCAACCUCAGUCACAACGUGGCCGUAGUCACCUGUCUGACCCGACGACGACCCAAGACUGAGGACUUCUUGUCUUUUCUCUGUUUGAGAGGUUCAGCAGCCCUGCCAAGCAACAUGUCCUUCUUAGCAAGUGGACGAAAGAGGGAGCCAUCCGGAAAUCAGCGUCUUGAUGCCCGUCUUUCCACCAAUCACAGGACUGCAGCUGAUAGGAAGAAAAGUAUAUUCGGCCGAACAGCAGUGCAGAGGGACUCGAGGCCUCUGAGAGGGAGAACUGGAGGCUCCCUCUGUGCUCUUACUGCUCGAGGACAGAGUAGGAGGGAAAAAGGGGGGAGAGAGGACGAACAUCGGAGGAUGAGAAGAGAAAGGAUGGAGGAGGACAGGAGAGGGGGGGCUAGGAGACACCUUGUGAGGCCCCGCCAGCUCUCACUACAGGUCAGGAGGACGAACAAGGUUACCGUGGUGACUGGAGUUGCUAAAGAAAUAACUUCCUGUGUCAAGCCAGUCCCUCCCUUAAAGCCCAGCGCAGGGGUUGGCAGUAGACGAUCCCCCAGGUCCUGCACAAGAUCAAGCAAUACCUGUAAACCAAGAGGCCAUCCCAAAAGCAAACCCCAGGAAACCAGCAGCAAACAGAUCUCCCGGCAAAGCAACCACCAGCUGCCUCGAAAACACCACCUUCCUCUCCACCACCGAACAGUCAUUAACUGCCAUAGCAAGACCUUCCGUAGUCUUCAGAACUCAGGAAAAAAAUCCAACAGGACCCCGGCUCAAAUACCACUUACUAAUGACUCAGUUAUCACAGAGCUAAGUGAGAACCCUGGUGUCCUGAGGUUAUCCAGAAGGAGGAGAGGUCUCCCACCAGACACCAGCCCUGCCCCUCCCAGUCAGGUUGCUUUGGACAAGAGCUCAAAGAAGUGCAGAGCGGUGCAGAACAACAAAGGUGAUGUCUCACUGCAGAAUGAUUGCCAUAUUGGUGGGAUGCUACAGGAAGAGGCCAGCAGUGAUAAAGAUGUCAGAGAGGAGUGUGUGAACCAUGUGGGUAAAAUCGCUGGGAGCAACAGUGAAGACAGAUGCGGCCAUGUGGGAGAGAUGAGCCUUGAGAGGGAUGGUGGUAUUAGUGACGACCUGCACGACCAGGCGACUGUUGGAAAAUUGAGUGUGGCAAGCAGUAUUGCUCUCGAGGCCUCUAAAGAAAGGGCCAACUUUACCAACAUCAUCUCAGACUAUGGCCUUGGCCCUGUCAGCGAGGUCAUAGUCAGACAUAAAAGAAUCCAGAGAAAUCCUUCCACUUCAUCCACAGUACCCAAGCCAAUCACCAGGACUACUGACUCUAGGACUGUUGCCAGAGCUGCCACUCCCAGGACCACUCUAGCACAAGCUGCUAUCAACUCAGAGACAUCUGCAUAUGUACACACUGAGCCAUCAGGCACAUAUUCUGCCAAGCACCCUGCUAAGGCAACUAACAAAUGUACUAGCAAGGACACUACCAAGUGUACUUCUCCAACCAGCAGUUACUCUAUCCUUAAUUCCCAAGGUGCUGUAAAAGACUCUUCCAAUGGUUCUCCAGAGGACUCGGCUAAGGUCAUUGCACCUGUCAGUAGCUGUUCGAGCACUUCCAAGGGCUCGACGAAGGGCCUUACCCAGACCAAGUCUACUACCUCAGCUAUGAAGACCAGGACCAGCCCUCGAACUAUUUUGAAACGAUAACACCUGAGCUACAUCUAAAAAACGAGUCAGUGUUCAAAUAAUAGAUAAACCAUAAUUAGAACAAUAUUUAUUGGAUCAUAAUUGGAUACUAUUAACAAUAGGUGAUGUAGGGUGAUGGCUAUUGUCUGGUUGGAUUUGAAAUAGUGGCUUGCCAGUGAUAGUGGGAUCAUUUUAAUUCAUUAUAUCGAAAAUAAAUUAUUGAAAGACAGCAUAGAGGGAGACAUGUUGUAAACUUGAUUGUAAAGUGAAAACACUGAUUUCUGAAGCUUCCCUGCUGUAUCCUACAUUGGAGCUUGGUAUGUGUAUUAUAUUCAGAAGGAAAGGCUACUGGCUGAAUCAAUGCACAUUAAUUAAAGCUAGGGUUGGCUACACUUAAAAAAUGCAACUGAUACAUCACUUCCAUCAGCCCUCUCUUCAAAGCUACGUCCUCAAAACACACGAGUGUGCACUGGCUGACAACUACUAAAAGCCGACUUUUCCGUGACUGUCGUCUCUGCUUACCAACCCUACCAAGCAGUCAUUCUUAUUUGCCUUUGCUCUGGUGUUUUUGUUGUGGUCGUUGGGAACCCACUGCCAUUUAAUGUAAACAGGAAUCAUCUGUUCAAGGUUGUCUUGAUUAAAAACAUUCAAGUAAUACGAGUUCCUCACCACGAAUCCUUGGGAGGAGCAAAGAAGAAGUUUGACUUUUUAAGACUGUCAAAGUACAAGUGAAACGCUUAUAUGAUCAACGAGAUAGGUUUACUGGCAGUUAUCAUUUUCCUGUUCAUUGAAAAACCCCUUCCUAAAUCAUUUUUAGUGGAAGUGAUGGAUGAAACCUCAUGACAUAUCCAUGCAAACUUUGGAACAUAAUCUUGUGCAGAAUGAGGAGGAUGGGUGUUCCGUUCUUAAUCAUUAAAUUCUGAUAAAGUUUCUUGUAACAGCCAUUUUGACAAGAGAAAUGAUUACAGCGAGAAACCCUGUUUUAACAUUCUUAUGGGCAUCCAAGUCACCAGCUCUUCACCAGCCUAAAGCUGCUUUCAGAUAUACACUGAACUCUGGAGAUCCUUCCAACAUUCUUUGGAGAGGCAAAUGUCCAAAGGGGAACCCCCAGACUUUCUGUGUACUUUCCCUCGCCAGCCCCCUCAGAAGGACUAUCAGAAUGUCUUCAGAUAGUCCAUAGUAGGCGAUGUGAGAACACAGCAGGAGAUCCUCCGCAGGAUUCACCGUGACCGACGAAAAAGAAACAUGAAGCAAACAAAUAUCUCAGGAUGAAAAGAGGUGCCAUACACAUGGAAGACUCUGAAGAUGUCAAGAGUUUUUGGUGCUAAGGGAUGGAGGUGCUGUAAAUAAAUGCACAUGAUGGCUGCAGCAGAAUGAUUACGUGGCAUCGUGCCUCUGCCUGCCGCUCCACCCUUCACCUGCCGCUCCACCCUUCACCUGAACACUCCAGAUAUUUCUGUGUUGCUGUGAACGGGUCUGAACAGAGAAUCUCCUGCUGUGAAGAAAGACCCAAUUCUCCGGACCCAAUUCUCCAGACAUCCUCUGGAGGUAAUGUCUGAAAACUGCUUAUGUAACAUCAGGAGAUUCUUCAGUACAAUGUUCUUCUUAAUGGAAAACCCCUUUUUGAAGUAGGUUCCAUGUGAAAUAUACAGGAACAACAAUGGUGUUGUUUUUACCUGUGUUUUUUGGAUAUUUUUACGUUUUUAUUGCCCGCUCUGUACCCACCGACCUGGUGUGUGAGAAACAGCGGUGGCUGCGAACUCACAUGCAGCGUGCUUGUUUCUGAGUCGUGUGGUCUGUGAUACUUUUGUAAAUAUAAGAGGACAUAUGUUUUGUGAGGCGGCUGUAGACAGAAACUGUACAAAGAAUUUCUUGCGGUUUGACCUUCACUGUUAAUGUGACCAUCAUGUUUGACUGUAUGAACCCUGUAGAUGUUGUGGAUUUUACUGGACCAUCAGAAGGUUUUGGGAUGACAUCAGGUGCUAUCCGGUGCUAUUAAAUUGCUCAUUGAAUUUCUUUGGGUUAGAUGAGUAGUAGAGCUGUGUGGUUGUACUGGAUAAUAUGACUCAGCACAUUCAUGUUGCACAUUUCCACACAGUACAAACAACCUGUGUAAAAGAAAAUAACUGUCUGACAGCGGUGGACACUGCUGCCUUUGCUUUAUUUUAAACACUUUCCAGGAAAAACGUAGUUGUUGUUCCCACCAUAAAAUAAGUAACUGACACAUGUAUUUGUAAAUUAGCUAUUUAUGCUCUGUCCAUAUGUAUCAGUCUAAAUCAGCAGUUAGUGUGUUCAUUUAUAACAUGUUAAAAUUUAAGUUAUGAAUAAAGGCAUGAAUCAGUUUGAGCUGCAGAGCUUUGAUCAAACCUACACUGUUGUUAUUUCUUAAUGUAAGUAUGUGGUUUGUAGAGGAAGCAGUCGUUUACAAGGCACUACAAAAGCUCCUUUUUGAAUACUUCCAUUUUAAAGUGAGGGCUCUUCCACUUGAUAAUGAUACUGUGAAGCAUUGCUUAACACCGACCCAUCAGAGUGCUCUUCCAUAAAGAAUAAAUCGGGUUCACCACACAAUGACACUGUCAAACCCUAACACCACAGCUUUGUUGUAAAAGUGCUUCCUUUUUAAACCAAACAAUUGUUUUAAGUAUCAGCUGUUUCCUCAUGUUUGGUAUUUCAAUGGAAUUAUCACGUGUCAGAGUUUUUUGUGUUUAAUGCUUGCUGCUAUGUAAAGUGAAUUCAUCAGUGAUCACUCGUUCCACAGUUCAUUGCUGCAGACUAUCACUGGAUGUACACGGUGUAUGACUCAUUGCUGAAGGGAUCUUCAGAUCUACUAUGUGCUGACAUUUGCAUGAACAUGUGUGUAUUAUUCAGCACCUCACACAAUUCAUUUAGCUGUGGCGACGAUAUUCAAUUGCAAAGGUUGGCAAAAAUAAUUGUGUUUUCUUGCAGCGACUGUGUCUCAUGUGGACAGAGACAAGUUUCCUCCGAAAUGGGUCCUCGAAUAAAUCAAUUCAUGCCUUGUUUCCAUUAAUUCAUUUGUUAUGUAUCUCAUGCUAGUUACAUUUAAAACAACUUUAAAACGUUAUUGAAGUUUAUGAGCAAACUUGUUCAGCCCCAAGUGAACAUGAAAACAUCUGUGCAGGGAAAGUGUAAAAAGUCUGUGCAAAUGUCAAUGAUAUGAAUGAGAAUUUGUAAUAAAAUUUCUUUGUGCAA